AUGACCAUAAUCGCUUAUUUAAUUAUUCUUACAUCGUUCUGCAAUCUUAUUAGCGGAGAUGAAGUUGAUUUAAACGUUUGCGUCAAGUUUGUUCCCACUGGUCCAAAUCCUCCGAAUAAUAUGAAAAGAAGGCCUUCCGUGCCUGUGCAGAACUGCCAAGAUCGUGAUAUGGCUUGUCCCGAGAUAUUCAAAUUCAUGCCCAACAAUGGAGUGGUACUCGCAAAUAAUCUCAAGCCCUUUACCAUGACCAUAAUCGCUUAUUUAAUUAUUCUUACAUCGUUCUGCAAUCUUAUUAGCGGAGAUGAAGUUGAUUUAAACGUUUGCGUCAAGUUUGUUCCCACUGGUCCAAAUCCUCCGAAUAAUAUGAAAAGAAGGCCGUCCGUGCCUGUGCAGAACUGCCAAGAUCGUGAUAUGGCUUGUCCCGAGAUAUUCAAGUUCGCGCAAGACGUUGGAGUGAGGCUCGCAAAUAAUCUCAAGCCGUUAGUUUCUGAGCAUUACUUUAGAUUUUAUUUUCAUUUCAAUAUCGAUCAAUUAUGA